CGCACAUCCAGCUGGGCUACCGUCCGAAACUGGACCGCGUGCCCGUGAUGCGGAAGCUGCUGUACGUAUCAACUGUAAAAGUGUCUGGGUCUGGAAGAAUUCAUGUUUGUCAUGCUUGUCUGGCAUGACUCUUAAAUCUGUCAUGCACGUUACCCAAGGGCUCCACUUUUCUGUGAUGCAGAAACGCAGUUUGUCAUGCAGAAUAGGCAACACCUAGAAGCUCAGAAACUUGUCAUGCUGAGCCAGCAUGUGGAUGUGUGGCCUCAUCAUGAGACGCCACCCAGCAUCACAAGUUUCCAGACCCAGACAUUUUUACAUUUGAUAGUACGUUACGAACGGCAAUUUCAACUUUUUCUCGAACCUGAACCAAGUAGGAAAAAAUGUUUUCGCUGGAGGUGCUGGAGCACCAGGUGUUGGUCGCGCAACUCUAUUACGUGCAACAGCACAGGAACAAGCGGGUCAAGCGGAUGCAUCUUCUGGUAGAAGUGCUGUUUCUACUUCUACGACUGGUGGCACUAGUGAAGAAGGAGAGCAAGGUCGUCACGAACUUAUUCAGCAAAAAAGGGAGCAGCGACACCAGUCAAAAAAAUCAUCGCCGGGCGGGACAACAACUCCAUCUGCAAACAUUGGGGGCAAGCUGCGGAAGUUUCGGUCCAAGCAGGAACAGAAGAAGGAACGAGAC